GCCGCGCGGGAAAACAUCACCAACAUGACUUUAUUUGCAGCGCAGAAAUGUAACUUGAUAAACACGCAGACGCAGAUGGACCGCACGCGCACGGGCGGGAGAUGAGUCUUAUCUCUGGCGCGGACUCUCGGGUCAUUUUCACCUUCUUUGUGUCUCCGUCAUCAAUCACGGUCCAAUCAUCUCCCGGGAAGCGCGCGCGGCCGCCGCCUGUCAUUCAAACCCCGCCGGCCGCCCCGCAGCCUCUCGUCCCCCGCAGCUCCCGCUCCGUCUCCUCAACCAUGUCUGCGGCGGUCCUGCGCCUCUGCGUCCUGCUCGGCCUCCAGCUGGGACGCGCAGCGGAGCCGCGCGCCCGGACCGUGCUGGAGGAGCUGCUUCCUCUGACGGAUCCACUCCGCCCCGCAGCCGCUGCGGCUCCGCACAGGAAGGCGCCGCAGUUCAUGCUGGAGCUGUUUGACGCGGUUUCCGCGGGAAACCGGAGGAGCCAGAAGGAAGUUCUGGACGGAAACGUGGUGCGCAGCUUUGAGGACAAAGGUCGUGAAGCGGGAAACUUUCACUUCUUCAACCUGUCGUCCUUCAGCAGAGAGGAGAAGAUGAUCAAAGCGGAGCUCCGCUGGUUCCGGAGGAAACUCCAGCCGCGCGCGGGAAAGUCGCGAGCGCUUCAUUUUUAUAAGGUGUCUCUGUGGGAGGUGCUGGACAGCAGAGUGAGGCCCUGGAGGACGAAGAUCAUCUCCUCCAGGCUGGUGCCUCUGCACACUCACGGAUGGGAAGUCUUCAACGUCACACAGAUUGUAUCCAGGUGGAUCAGGAACCCUCAGGAGAACCAUGGCGUCCUGGUGGUGACGUCUGAGGUGUCUUCAGCCAACCAGACCGGAGACCUGAGAGACACAAACGCCUAUUUGGUUAUCUUCUCAGACGAUGGAGGAACAGGAGUCAACCAGUCCUACCAGGGACUGGCCCCGCCCUCAGCCGCUGCACAGGAGCCACGUUCCCACCUCAGCAGGAUGCGGCGUGCUUCUUCGGAUCCCCCUGCCCGCCCCCAGUCCUGCCGGCGGGUUCCCCUCUUUGUUGACUUCGAUGAGAUCGGCUGGUCCGGCUGGAUCAUCUCGCCCCGCGGGUACAACGCCUACCACUGCAGAGGCUCCUGCCCGUUCCCUCUGGGGGUGGGCCUCGGGGCCACCAACCACGCCACGGUGCGCUCCAUCCUGCAUGCGCUCAGGAUCCCCGGCAGCGAGGUGGGGGCGCCGUGCUGCGUCCCCGACAGACUCCAGUCCAUCAGCUUGCUGUACUUUGACGACGAGGAGAACGUGGUGCUGAAGCAGUACGACGACAUGGUGGCUCUGAGCUGCGGGUGUCACUGACUGUUGGGGAGUCUGAGGGGUCACAGAAGGGAUGAGAACUCUGUAUUUGUGUAAAUAUUGUAUUAUUUUAUCAAAUUAAAAGACGUUCCUUUAACAAAACUGUCUCAAUAAAGAAGAGAUAUCA